UCGUCUCCCGCUUCACCAACCAGCCAUGUCUGCUUCUGCUACCCUGCGCACCCUCGUCGUCGGCCUCCUCGCCCUCCUCGGCGCGUGCCGCUCCGCCGCCGCGACGGACACCAUCUCGCCCGGCCGGGCACUCGCCGGCGGCGGCGGCGGCAGGAUCCUCUCCAACAACAGCAAGUUCACGCUCGGCUUCUUCAGAGCUCCCGACGGGAGCGCCGAUUCAUCGCCCGGCGCCACCGCGCCGCCCGACAAGUGGUACCUCGGCGUAUGGUUCACCGCGGUCCCCAGGCUGACCACGGUGUGGGUGGCCAACGGCGCGAACCCGGUCGUAGACGCCGACGCCGACGCCGCCUCGCCAGAGCUCACCGUGUCCGGGGGCGGCGACCUCGUCGUCGUGAACCAAGCCACCAGGUCGGUAACCUGGUCUGCUAGAUCCGCCCACGACACGGCCAAGAACGCCACCAGCACCACCGUCGCGGUGCUCCUCAACAGCGGGAACCUCGUCCUCCUCGACGCCUCCAACUCCUCGGCGCCCCGCACGCUGUGGCAGAGCUUCGACCACCCGACCGACACGCUGCUCCCCGGCGCGAAGCUCGGCCGCGACAAGGCCACCGGCGUGAACCGCCGCCUCGUCUCCAGGAAGAGCGCCGCCACCCCGUCCCCUGGACCCUACUGCUUCGAGGUCGACCCAGACGCUCCCCAGCUCGUGGUCAAGCUCUGCGACUCGCCCGUCGCCUACUGGGCCACCGGCGCCUGGAACGGGAGGUACUUCCGCAACAUCCCGGAGCUGGCCGGGAACGUGCCCAGCUUCCACCUCGCGUUCGUCGACGACGCGCGAGAAGAGUACCUCCAGUUCAACGUGACCGCCGAGGCGACGGUGACGCGCAACAUCGUCGACGUCACCGGCCAGAACAAGCACCAGGUCUGGAUCGACGCGUCGCAGGACUGGCUGACGCUCUACGCCGGCCCCAAGGCGCCGUGCGAUGUGUACGCCGCCUGCGGGCCUUUCACCGUCUGCAGCUACGCCGGGCUGCAGCCCUGCAGCUGCAUGAAGGGCUUCUCGGUGAGGUCGCCGAUGGAUUGGGAGCAGGGUGAUCGGACAGGAGGGUGUGUCAGGGAUGCAACACUGGAUUGUACUCCCGGUAACAGCACUAGUAGUGCGGCAUCUUCAACUGAUGGGUUCUUCUCCAUGCCUGGCAUUGGGUUGCCUGACAGAGGGCGUGGCUUGCAGAACGUUAGGAGUUCGGCUGAAUGCUCAACGGCUUGCCUGAAGAACUGCUCUUGCACCGCGUAUUCCUAUGCCAGCCAGGGAUGCCUUGUUUGGCUUGACAGAUUGAUCAACGCAAAACAAUCUCAAAGCAACGCUACUAACACUGUUUCUGAUGAAGAAAUUCUUUAUCUCCGUCUGGCUGCAAGAGAAUUUCAGACGUCAGGAAGCAAGAACCGAGUCAUCAUCAUCGGCGUCGUCACCGGCGCAUGCACUGUUGCUUUGAUUCUGCUUGUGCUGUUCAUAGUUUUGAUGACCAGGAGGAAGAAAGCCAAGAACAACAUCCAAGGGGGUGAUGGCGCCCGGCUUGUGGCCUUCUCGUACAGAGAACUGCGUUCUGCAACCGAUAACUUCUCCGAAAAGCUCGGGCAAGGUGGCUUUGGCUCUGUCUUCAUGGGGCAACUCCGCGAUUCGACCGCCAUCGCGGCGAAGAGGCUCGACAGCAGCCUCCAGGGAGAGAAGCAAUUCAGAGCUGAAAUGAGCUCGAUCGGCAUCAUCCAGCACAUCAACCUGGUGAAACUGGUCGGCUUCUGCUGCGAAGGCGAGAACCGGUUCCUCGUCUACGAGCACAUGCCGAACCGGUCCCUCGACAUCCACCUGUUCCAGAGCACCGGCGGCACCGGCGGCGUGUUCUUGGACUGGGCCGCCCGGUACCAGAUCGCCGUCGGAGUCGCCAGGGGCCUCUCCUACCUCCACGACGGCUGCCGGGACCGGAUCAUCCACUGCGACGUCAAGCCGGAGAACAUCCUCCUCGACGCGUCGCUCCUCCCGAAGCUCGCCGACUUCGGGAUGGCCAAGUUCGUGGGGCGGGGCUUCAGCCGCGUGCUGACCACGAUGAGGGGCACCAAGGGGUACCUCGCGCCGGAGUGGAUCGGCGGGGCGGCCAUCACGCCCAAGGUUGACGUGUACAGCUACGGUAUGGUGCUGCUGGAGCUCGUGUCGGGGAGGAGGAACACCUCCGGCGCCGGCGAGGAGUGCCGCAGCACGGCCUCGGACGGCGGCCACCGCCUCGUGUAUUUUCCGAUGAAAGCGGCGAGGGAGCUGAUCGAGGGGGACGUGGGGACGCUGCUGGACGAGAGGCUGCGCGGUGACGCGAACCUCGAGGAGGUCGAGAGGGCCUGCAAGGUGGCGUGCUGGUGCAUCCAGGACGACGAGGCUGACCGGCCGGCGAUGGGGGAGGUGGUACAGAUACUCGAGGGCGUGAUGGACCGCGGCAUGCCACCGCUGCCGAGGUUGCUGGAGGCCAUCUUGGGAAGACCACACUCGUCAACGCAACAGAUGACAACGGUUUCGAAUGCGUCAGCGACCUUUACUAGUGGUAGUGGAUCAUGACAAAAUUAACUAGCUGGAUGCUGCUGGUUUUUUCAUAAAUAAUUGUUUUGCAUAAAUCCACCUACAAAUCAUUUUCUACUGUCUCACUCCGGUUAAAAAAAAAUUUUACAUUCCUCGAUGUCAGGCU